UUAUUAGAUCACCCCCCGGAUCUUGCAAUCCGUUGGUUCCACCCACCCUCACUUAAUUAACUAUCUAGGGUCAGGGUGAACCAUCAUUAACCGACCACGCCUUCUUUCACUUCCUUCAGUCUCAUUGAUUCUUUGCUCUCUAGAUCGCCCCUCCUCCGUUGAUUGGUCUUUGUCUGCCGCCGCCGUAGUGGCAUCUUUAGGCUUCGCUACGGUGACGUUGAAUUCUUCCUACUUGACUAUCAACCAACCCAGCCACUUUAGCUGCGCGAUGCGCACUUGUUGCAUGUCAACUGCAAACAACACUCUCCACAACUCUUAUCAUUUCUUUCUCCCCUAGCCUUCGACAACUUCCAAGACAACCUUCAACACCAUUCCCAGAGACUGACAUCCGUCAUUAGCGCUUGCUUCCAUCAUGGGCGACCUUGGGUCGGCGCUGGAGCAUGCGGGCGGCACAGGCAAGAACAAGGAAGGCAUUUCGAUAGGGACUUUUCUCGCAUCGCUUGCUACUGCCGUCGUCGUCUUCGCUAUCGAAUUUUUCCUCUUCUUGCUUCUGAAAGGGAAGCUGACUCGUAUCUACCAACCAAGAACAUACUUGGUACCCGACAGAGAACGUACGCAACCAUCUCCACCAGGUCUCUUCCGAUGGAUCGGUCCUGUUUUUCGUACCUCAAGCUCCGAGUUCAUACAGAAGUGCGGCCUGGAUGCCUACUUCUUCCUGCGAUACUUGCGCAUGCUGCUCAAAAUCUUUCUGCCUCUAGGCUGCCUCUUGCUACCCGUACUGAUCCCGCUGAACAAAGUUGGCGGUAAAGAUACAAACCUCAAGAAUGGCACGGACGAGGGUGGUGGUCGGUGGAACGUCACCGGACUUGAUCAGCUCGCUUGGGGAAAUGUGACGCCAGAGCAUACUUCGCGCUACUGGGGCCACUUGGUCAUGGCGGUAAUUGUCGUCAUCUAUGUCUGCGCAGUCUUCUUCGAUGAACUUAGACACUAUAUCCGUCUCCGGCAGGCCUACUUGACCUCACCUCAGCAUCGACUUCGUGCUUCGGCCACCACUGUUCUGGUCACCGCCAUUCCAGAAGGCUGGCUUUCAAUGAAAGCACUGGAUCAGCUGUAUGACGUUUUCCCGGGCGGUAUUCGGAAUAUUUGGAUCAAUCGCAAUUUCGACGAUCUGCACGAGAAGGUGAAACAGCGAGACAAGGUGGCCUUGAAACUCGAAGCUGCAGAAACCGAAUUGAUUAUCAAAUGCAAAAAGGCACAACUCAAGCAAGCCAAGGCUGCGGCCAAAAAAGCCGGCAUUAACCCGAAUUCAGUGGAGAGCCAAGAACGAAAGGCAACCGACCGAAAAGCAUCGCAGUUGGCCAUGGAUGCUGGAAUCAGUUCCGGAAACCCGCACCAAGCCCAUACAUUAGAUCAAAUCCUCCACCGCAAUACGGGAGAUGGUUUACAGCCGGAGCCCAAGAAAAAGAAGCUGCUCUUCAACCCCUUGGACCCCGCGUUGGAAGCAGCGGGCGCCGUUGGUCAAGGCGUGGAAAAGCUAGGCAAAUCUGUCUUGGGAGGUUUUCGAAAAGUCGAACUUGGUAUCGACGAUACCUUAACACGGACCGGGGGCUUUGUGCCUGAGACGAAUGUUGCCGCUUAUAACGGCCACGCUGCCCCGCCUACCAGUUAUGCCAGUCGCGAGGAUCCUUUACCUUGGUCAGAAGAGUUGCAUGAGGAACCCGAACAAAGCCACCAGGAUGAGGCAGAUGUAGCGGAGGUGAGACCUGGAACGUCGUCUACUCCCAAACGACCAUUCUGGAAGAGUCGGGGUUCCGGUAAUUCCAAGAUAAGCAAGAGGAGUAACAUGUCCGAGCCGGAUGAACUUCCACUGACAGCCCCGGAAUCGCCUGUUGAACGUGGUCGAAGCUCUGAUACUGACAGAAGCGACUCCAUAAAGGAGAAGCAAAUACAAAGUCAAGAAUCCGACAAAAAAGAAGGGGAUCAAGUGGAGGGGCAAGAAUAUCCCCUGGCCUACAAUGAGGCCUUUGAUAACGAAGAGUUUGGAGAACCCGUUUGGAAAAAGUACAUACAGCCCAAAAAACGCCCGACCAUGCGGCUGCCUAUUUUCAGCUGGAUGCCAUCGCUAUGGCUGAUAGGCAAAAAGGUUGACACUAUUGACUACUGUCGCAAAGAGUUGGCACGGCUGAAUUUGGAAAUUGAGAUUGACCAACAGCAUCCUGAACGAUUCCCUCUCAUGAAUUCCGCAUUCAUCCAAUUCAAUCAUCAGGUGGCGGCCCAUAUGGCAUGCCAGGCUGUCAGCCACCAUGUACCUAAGCAGAUGGCGCCGCGCAUCGUUGAAAUCUCACCGGACGACGUGAUCUGGGAUAAUAUGUCCAUGAAAUGGUGGGAGCGCUAUUUGCGGACGUUUGGAAUUAUCGCUCUUGUUUGUGCUAUGGUUGUGGGAUGGGCAAUUCCGGUUGCCUUCACUGGUCUUCUCUCACAGCUGACAUACCUCGAAGAAGCUUUCACUUGGCUGUCCUGGAUCUCGAAAUUACCAGCGUGGCUUAUCUCGGCGGUCCAGGGUGUCUUGCCUGCACUUUUCCUUGCAAUUCUGAUGGCGAUCUUGCCUCUGAUCUUGCGCUUCCUUAGUCGGACGCAGGGUCUCCAUACUGGUAUGGCCGUCGAAUUAACAGUGCAGGCCUAUUAUUUCGCCUUCUUGUUCGUGCAACUGUUCCUCGUCGUCACCAUCUCUUCCAGUUUUUCGACCAUCAUCAGCAACGUCACCGACGUCACCAGCUGGCCAGAACUUCUGGCGCAGAACAUUCCCUCGUCCAGUAACUACUUCUUCUCCUACAUGAUUCUACAAGCCAUGUCUGUGAGCGCAGGAGCUUUGGUCCAAAUUGUCAAUCUCGUGAGCUGGUUUAUCUUUGCACCGAUCUUCGAUAAGACAGCCAGAAAGAAGUGGGCUCGUACGACCAAUCUGAACCAGAUGCAAUGGGGCACUUUCUUCCCCGUCUAUACUACCCUUGCUUCAAUCGGUCUGAUUUACUGUGUUGUGGCGCCUCUUAUUUUGGUCUUCAACAUUAUCACAUUCGGUCUUUUCUGGUUCGUCUACCGAUACAAUACCCUCUAUGUGACCAAGUUCCGCUUCGACACAGGUGGCCUGCUCUUUCCGCGGGCUGUUAACCAGCUGUUUACCGGGCUGUACGUCAUGGAGCUUGCGCUUAUUGGCUUGUUCUUCCUGGUUCGUGACGAAAAUGGCGAUGUUGCAUGCGAAGGUCAAGCGGUCAUUAUGAUCGUGGUUUUGAUUCUCACAGCGGGAUUCCAACUUCUCGUCAGUGACGCUUUUGGUCCCCUGAUCCGCUACUUGCCGAUCACUCUGGAAGAUGAUGCCGUGCGUCGCGAUGAAGAAUUCGCCCGAGCUCAGAGGGCGAGACUGGGACUACACGAAGAGGAAGACUAUGAUCACCUCCCUGACGCCGUUGAUCAUCCGUUAGGAGAUCAGGAGGAGGCGCAACGACAGUUGGAAGAGAAUUCUCAGAACAUCGAGCUAAAGAAAUUUGAGUCUUCCCCUGAAAGAGGCAACGAGCACCCUGGUCUCCAUAUCCAAAAACCAAAACUCGGUCCUCAUCGUGGGUCAUGGGCUGACCGCUCUCCGGACCGCCGAUCUAAGUAUUUUGGAGCCAACUCGGAAAUGGCAGUUCCGAGCAUCGAGCGUCUGCGAGAGAAGAUCGCCCUGGACGCCGAAGCUCAAGGUCCUCCGGCGCGCAAUAUGGGACCGGCAUUGUUUUCCGGUAUUCAUGAUGAGUUGGAGGAUCUCACCCCGGAGGAGCGCGAUCAGCUCACCCAACGAGCCUUCCAGCACGAUGCCUUGCGUGCGAAGCGACCCGUGAUUUGGAUCCCUCGUGACGACCUGGGGGUCAGUGAUGAUGAGAUCUAUCGUACCCAGCGGUUCAGCAAACAUAUCUGGAUCAGUAACGAGUACCAAGCAUUGGACGGAAAGAGUCACACGAUCUUCAGUCGCAGCCCCCCGGACUUCUCUGAGGUUGACCUCAUUCAAUUAUAGAAGCUGGCCGUCAGGAACGGUCAGCCCUCACGAUGUGACGAACAUUUGCUGCCCGCUUCUGAUUCAGCGUUUUAUUUUCCUGUUCCUUAUUUCUCGCGAUGUGCGUUGCUGGGAUUCUUAGCGGCAUUUCGCUUCCACGAGCUCAACACAAGUGUAUGAUACAGGAGCAUGCUCAUCUUGUAUAUAUUUGGAACCCUUUGCCUGUACAGCUUUUAUUUGAGCUUGAAUUACGCCAC